GAGAACAAGAAACACCAUACACACAAGAAGCAAGAUGAAUGUCAUUGACGACAAGAAGGACACAGUGGUGAUAAAGACAGUGAGCCGAGAUGAAGAAGGAAAGAAGAAGGUCGAGAAAGCCGAGCUGAAGACACACAACAUAGACACCACUAAGUACGUGGAGAAGAAACUGAUGGACAAAGGGGUGAUGCGCAUGGAAAGGCACCCUGUAGAUGGGAAAGGUGGGAUAGGCAGGCCGCCACCCAAGUCAGGCCACGGAGGGAAAUUCACAUGGGAAGGACCGUAUGAUGAGGCGGAGAUCGAGCUGGAAGCUGCAGCACCGCCUGCUAUAGAUGAGAAGGAUCCCAACUAUGUAGAUGAGGUGGUGGAAGAGAAGAUUGUGAAGGGCGAAGAGAAGGAUGUGGCUGGUGUGGUUGUUGGAGAAAUUGAGGUGGCUAAGGCUGCUGAAGGAAGGCAUGGUGUCGCUAGGGUUGAGGUUGACCCUCGUCUGGUAAUUGAUGAUUAAGGAUGCACUGUUUUGUUAAUUUUGAGAAAUGUAAGGACGUUGUUAUAAGAUAAAUAACUAAUUAUGUGAAAUAUUAAUUAAGGGGUGCUGUUUUGUAAUUUUCGUCAA